CUCUCUCUCGGCUUCGUUUCAGUUCUCGAUCGGUUCCUGUGCGACCGCGAUAAUCGCUCGAAAUCUGUUUUCUCGAUCGGUUCCUUCCUUCCGGUGCUAACAGCCCAAUUCCCGUCUUCUCUAGUAGUAGGAGUAGAAGCUAUUAUUGUUGUUCCUCCUCCUCAUCCUAAUAUGCUAAAUUAUCGCCACGCGCCAAGGUUAGUUAUUAGGUUUAUAAAGAUAUCGGCGAGGGUGGAGAAGGCCGCAGGUUCAGGAAAAGCAGAGCAUCGCAUACACUAUAGCAUAGUGGAAAUACAGGUUGAGCCCUCCAUAUUUUUGGCUUGCCUAACCUAGCAUACGAUCUGGGUUCAGGCACAGAAGGACCAUAUCAGCUUCAUGCCACUCCGAAAAAAACUGCACUAGUUAUGUUUCAGUUCAGGAAAAACAGAGUACAUGCGUUUCAUCAUUCAUGAGUGCUGCUUCUAUGGUGCUCUAGAUUGGCUAGAUUCUCCAGGUUCAGACACACCAGGGCAUCUCGGCCUAACCAUUGGAACUCUAGAUUGUCAUAAUUUCUUUCUCCAAAAGAUUUACACGUUUCAGACAGAGAACAUCGGAAGUGUCGCACCAUUUUACUUCUUUCUUGUGCAUUGACUAGUCUACCGUCUAAGUUUAAGGUACUCAGAAGGUUGGGUGAUCCUACCCACACCACGUAAGUCAGAAUAUAGGCCAAAUAACUGGUGACUCUAGAAAUAACUGCUGACUUUUGCCGCUGAGAAAACAUGUAUGACCAAAUAAACCUCAUAUUCACACCAACUUUCUCAAGGACCAUGCAUCCUUAGAGUACUUUUGAAAACGAUUUAGGAUGCUGCCUGUCAGUCUUGCGGAUGAGCUUUACCACUGACCAAACCUGGCAUGCUAGUUCUCAUCUGCAACAUGUUCCAAGUGGUUACAAGUUUGCAGCCUAGUUUUGCGUGGUCACUACAUUAAUGACGAGGCAAGCAAAGGAGGUGAUUAAAACUCUGAAGAAGCGUCUUCAACACAAGAAUUCAUCAGUUCAGUCUCUUGCAUUGACGCUGUUGGAGACUCUGGUGAAAAAUUGUGGGGAUCAUGUGCAUUUUCUGGUUGUAGAGCGCGGUAUAUUGCAAGAAAUGGUCAAACUUGCCAAGAAAAAGGCAAAUGUGCAAGUGAGGGACAAAAUUUUGACACUCCUUGAUUCUUGGCAAGAAGCAUUUGGUGGGCCUGGUGGGAAGCACCCUCAGUUCUACUGGGCAUAUUCUGAACUUAAGCAAUCUGGUUUAGAAUUUCCUAGGCGCUCACCUGAGGCAGCAACAAUAUUCGCCCCUCACCUUCAACCAGGGAUCGGGAGUCCAGCCAAUUCAUCCUUGAGAGCUGAUGGGAUGAUUUCAUCAAGUGGCUCUCCUCUGAGUUUGUCAGAUUUGCAACGAAUUUUAAGUGCCGCGGAGCUACUAAGUGAGAUGCUGAGAGAAGUGGAUCCAAAUGAUCAUGAGGCUGUGAAUGAUGAAAUUAUCGCGGAACUUGUGAACCAAUGCCGGUCAUACCAGAAAAAGAUCAUGAGUUUGGUUAGUUCAGUGAGUGAUGAGGACCUCUUGAGCCAAAGUCUCGACUUAAACGACAGAUUGCAAAUUCUGCUUUCCAAACACGAUGCAAUUGCAUCAGGUUCCCCUCUACCGGGUGAAGAAACGGAUGUGUUGAGUGAGUUGCCCAGAGGGAUCACUACAACCCCUGCAGCAACAGUUGUUCCCGAAACUGCCAUUGUACCAACUUUUGUCUUGGAUGAUGAAGAGGAAGAGGAGGAAGAUGAUGAGUUCUCUCAGCUGGCUCGCAGGAAUUCGAGAUUCAGGUCAGCAAAUGAGAAGAGCGCCUCUUCAGGUGUAGGCGCAUCAUCGUCGUCCACGCAGGAUGGAACAGCAAGCUCAGCAGCUUCUGUGACCACUACAUCAUCACCAUCUACUUCAAGCAGUGCAUUAGCAUUGCCUGAUCAUCUAGCUCCUAUAAGGACUUCUCCAGAAGACAAGAUUAUGAGCGACCUCCUUGCGCUCACCAUAGUGUCAAGCCCAUCACCUGAACCUGCCUUGCAUCCUGGUGGUUCCCCAACCAGUUAUCAUCCACAGCCUCAUUAUGCAGACCCACAACACACAGCUGCAGCGCACAACAGCUACGUCGCUCCUUGGGCUCAGCAUCAACCUCAAACUGCACCCAUUAAGCAGCAGCAGCAGCAGCACCAACCACCACCUCAACCACAAUUUUCUUACAACCCAUCUCCUUACCCGCCACCACCAUGGGCCCCUCAGGACAACACCGAGUCAAACCCUUUCGUGGCAUCUUCAUCGCAGCGACUUUCUACUUCUAACUCGCCUCUUAAAGUACCGCCGAACAUGAGGCCCCUACAGCAAUCGCAAUCUUUUGGCGUACCGCUUCGAAGUGCCGCGUCAGAUUCACCGACAAACAAGAGCCUGAAGCAACCCAUGUCUGCAGGGUCUCGCCGACCGUCUUAUGUUCCUUCUAACAAGUUCUUUGAUGAUCUGCUUGAGAGAAAUGCGGAUGGUACUCUGAAAACGAGCAGUGGGGUAAUUGGAGGCACAUCCAGUCCAUACAAACCGUAGUGAUGCUAGUGGAAUCAAUAUACAGUAUGAAGGAAUAUCUGUCCUGUGGUUCAUACAAACCAAUAAACCGUAGUGAUGACAGCGGAAUCAAAAUACUAUGAAAGACUUUGCAUUGUUUGUCUUGAUAACUGCUACAAUUUCAAAAAUACGAGCCAAUAAACCAUGGUGAUGCCAGUGGAAUCAAAAUAUGAAAUUUUGCAUUGUUUGUCUU